AUGACUUCAGAAGCAUCUAAACCAUCACAUCUCGAUCCAUCAGCUCUAGGCACAAAAGAAUAUUGGGAUAAUCUCUAUAAUCGUGAAAUUUCAAACCACGCACUCGAUGCGACGGAUGUAGGAACGAUAUGGUUUGAUGAUUCAUCUGCAGAGGAUAAAGUCGUAGAUUUCUUGAACGGGGAGGUUUUCGAGAAGGAUUUAUUGGGAUUGGGAAAAGGGAGGAGGAGGAAAGAUUUUGGACUGCUGGAUCUAGGGACGGGAAAUGGUCACUUUUUGGUUAGGCUGAGGGAGGGGGAGGAGGAUAGUGAUGAGGACGAGGUGGAGGAAGAGACAGAGGAAGGGAGAGAAAACGAGGCUCCAGGAAAGAAAUGGGUGGGAAGAAUGAUGGGUGUGGAUUAUUCGGAGAGAUCUAUUGAAUUUGCGAAACGAAUUGCGAAGAAUAAAUUAGAGGAAGGGGAGGAAGAGGGAACCGAACAGGGAAACGAAAUCGAAUUUAUCACCUGGGAUAUAAUGAAAGAAGAUCCAUCUCCAAAAGUUCUUAAUGGAGAACAGGUAAAAGGAUGGGAUAUAGUACUUGACAAAGGGACAUUCGAUGCUAUUAGUUUGUCGGAGGAGAUAGAUGCGAAUGGGAAAAGGAUUUUCGAGGGAUAUAAGGAGAAGGUACUGGCAUUAGUGAGAACGGGCGGAGUGGCGGUUGUUACGAGUUGCAAUUGGACAGAGGAGGAAUUAAUUGAGUGGUUUGUUGGAAAGGAAGAGGAUGAGCAGGGAGAAAGGUUCGAGGUACUGAGGAAGAUUGAGUAUAGAAGUUUUAGUUUUGGAGGAGUGAAGGGCCAGACAGUGUGUAGUGUUUGUUUUAGGAAGUGUGGAGGGAGCGAAUAG